AUGUCUAUUGUGGGCAAGUUUCUAUUCAUUUCUGGUCAACUAUACGUAAUUGUGUUAAAGGCAGUGGAUCUUGACCUAAAAACAAUUCACGAAGAACCUGGAGUCCACAACCUCCCGAUCACCCCGUUGUUCACUUCAUUUUGUGCUCCUUGUGUCGCAGAAGCCAUGGUCACUGAUCACGAAAGUAAUUUUUUUGUUCUGGGGAAGAAAGUCUACAACCCGUUCACUUCCUCAAGUGAAGAUGUCGAGAUCCCUUGUGUCUACGACCUCUCGAACCCAAGAUUUUCUGCAAUCGUGGAAGCAUCAAAAAGAUCACCAAUCUUUAGCGCUGCAGGGGAAUUGUUCAUAGGUGAGAACCUCGCACAAAUAAUUUGCGCCGAGGUUGAAUGGACAUCUCCAAAGGUGAAACAUGAACAGGGUUCGCCUGCGAGAAGCAUGCGCAGGCAAAAGUUUCUGAGCAUAGAGGAUAAGUACAUAGGCAAGAAGUCAAACAAUAGGCACAAAGUCAACAAUUCAUCAUCAUCGUCAUCGUAG